AUGGCGGCAACAGUGAGCGCGUGGGCUAAACCCGGCGCAUGGGCUUUGGAUGCGGAGGAGAAUGAGUCGGAGCUCCUCCAAGAACACAAACAAGACUAUGUGAAAGACAAUUCAAGCGGCGGCGGCGGCGAUACAGCGGAUUUUCCAUCCUUGGCGGCGGCGGCCUCCACCAAGACCAAGAAGAAGAAGGCCCAAACUCUGUCCCUUCAGGAAUUCACAACUUACAAGCCGUCUCAGCCGAUCGUUGCCAAGGGACUAACCCCCGAUGAGAUGAUGUCCCUUCCCACCGCCCCUCGUCAGCGCUCUGCUGAGGAACUCGAUCGUAAUAAGCUAGGUGGUGGCUUCAAAUCUUACGGCUCUUACAACGAACGGCCGUCAAGGGAUGAACAGCCGCGUCGCCAGGGAAGCUUUAAUAGGGACUCGAACGGGGAGUUUGGGUCUUCGCGCGCCGAUGAGACCGAUAAUUGGGCUGCGGGAAAGAAAUCAACGGUUGGUAAUGGAUUCGAGAGAAGGGAGAGAGGAGAAAGAGGAGGGUUUUUCUCGGAUUCGCAGUCCAAGGCUGAUGAAUCUGAUAAUUGGGGUUCCAAUAAGGCUUUUGUGCCGUCUGAACCUCGUAGAUAUGAUAGAAGAGGGAGCUUUGGAUUGGAGUCCAAUAACGGUGGUGCCGAUACAGAUAGUUGGGUAAAGAAAAAGGAAGAUUGCCCAAAAAUUGGUGGAGCAUUUGAUAGUUUGAGGGAAAGAAGAGGGGGCGUUGAAUCUAUCGGUGGAGAUUCUGAGGCAUGGGGUAGGAAAAGAGAGGAUGGGAGCGGUGGGAUUGGUAGCAGGCCGAGGUUAAAUUUGCAACCAAGGACACUGCCUGUGAGUGAGGGCCAGAAGGGUGAGAAUGGGGUGAAGUCAAAGGGUAAUAAUCCAUUCGGAGAGGCAAGGCCAAGGGAAGAGGUUUUGAAGGGGAAGGGGCAAGAUUGGAAGGAAAUUGAGGAGAAGCUCGAGACUACGAAAAUUAAGGAGGUUGGUACUGAGUCCCCUGAUGGGCAGGCAGCCGGGAAGAUAAGUUUUUGGAGUGGUAAUGGGAGGGACAGGUUGCAGCAGGAGGAGAGGACUUGGAGGAAGUCGGAGUCUGCUGAUUCUCGUCUCCAGAGUGCCGAGGGAACUGAAAAUGAACCAGCUGAGGAAACUGAAAAUGGAUCUGCUGAGGAAACUGAAGAUAGAGAUCCACAGAUAUGA